CGUAGGCGAAAACAAGCCAUCUAUAUACGGUUUUCCUGUUUGUUCCUCCGUGUUUUAAUUAUUUCUUGUCCGCCAUGUUUUUGGAUCGUCUGCACGGGCAAACAAAGUGAACCGAGAACAGAAUAGUGUCACACGGAAGAAAUCGCGGAUCGCGAAAAUGCAAUCUCCGGCCGAAGCCAGCAUUCUGUCCGUUGAGCUGUAGUCUCACCUCACCGUGGACUCGGGUUUGUCGUCAGCAGCAGCCGUUUGUCGGUGUUGCUAAUGUUAAUGAGUUUUUUUCCCCAUCGAGCUGCGUAGUACUUCUCACCUGCCUCGCAGGUGCUAGUGAAUUUGACUGUGAAAAGCAGAAUCGAGGCGAUUUUUCGGUCCGCGAGUGGACAGAACAGCAUAAGAACAGAAAACCAGGAACUCCAAACGAGACAGCGCUUGGUGGUACGAUUAAACACCGUCAAUAAGUACGGAUACGUUGCAUCCCGUCCAAGAAUGCGUGUCGUUCUUACUCAUUAACGACGCUGAAAGGAAGUCAACUUCCUGGUCCGGCAGACCGACAUCCGACAACCGUCCGAGCCAACAAUAUUCUCAAGAAAGCUCUGUCAGAUCUAUCGCGGGAACAUGAAUCUGAACGGCACCAACCGCCCAUCAAAUGGCAAGGACACGAACAAAAGAUUCUCCAUCCACGAUGCCUUCGAAGAGGAAACAGACGAGGUGAUCAAGGUGUACGGUUCCACCGUCAUUAGCACGCCGAUGCGUGCCAAAGCCCGCUCGCCGGACGAUGUUUCGAUAAGAAUUCACGAUCAAAGCAGAAACCUAAAGUACACCGAUGAUACCACCUCCAGGGAUAGCGAUUCGCUCAUACAGGAAUACGGUCACCUUUCGGCCAGCGACACCUACACCUAUUGCUGGCGGCACCCGAAGGUGCGGGAAAACUGGCGCACGGUGCUGGCGGCGACCGCACUUCUCAUCAUCGGAACCGGCUUGAUAGCGAUGGGCGCUUACGCGCUAGCUGAACCGCACAACGGUUCCCAGGCGGCCGUGUUCUUCGUCGCCGGCUUCAUCUGUUUCGUGCCGGGUGCGUAUCACGUCGUCUACAUCUGGCUAGCGGCACGCGGCUACCGAGGAUUCGACUUUUACCAUCUGCCGCUGUUUACGUAAAGCAAAAAGGACACUACGGCGUGCGACAUUGCAGGGACUGUGAUCAUCGGUCAAAUCGUUAAUCACGAUCAGUGCUGGGCACGAUCGGAUUGGCGUUCACGUCGCGUUCCGUGUAUCAAACCGCAUUCCUCCGAGACACUACUCAGUUACGGUGGCAGGACUUUCUUUUAGGAUUCAUCACGCUUGAAAUGGCACGACAGAAACAGGCCCCCUAAGCUCAGGUUUUGCUAGGGCUCGCGAUCGUCUUCCUUUCACGGUGUCGUCCGUGAACAAAAUUGCCUACAUUAUGCGAUAACAACAGGAGCGAAGGGAGCCCGCUUGGGAUGAUCAGUUUGAUAGCAGCAAACAGAUUAGCAAUUCGCAAACAGAACCCAUAUGCUGUGUGCCAUUGUUUUCGAACACACAUUCUCCACUGUACCAGCAUCGGCAAGCCUCUCGUACAAGCCUUGAGGAGUCGCCGGAACGCCACUUGGCGUUCGCUUUUAUCUGUAAGCAAAAGAACCAAUCGCCCGGGCACAGUCAGAUGUGUUUUGGCAAAUGUUUUCAAAAUCAACUUUUGUACUCAAUGGGUAUUAUCUACCGUAUUAUGUAAAAUGUAAAGCAAAAAUUAGCAAACCCCGUUAACGCAAUUAUACCACCAUUUGCUGUCUUGCUCUCUGCACGCCAGAAUGGUACGAACGGACAUACGACAUAAAAGUGUAGACAUAAGCUUUAGCAUUAGGGGACAGAGGUGGGAACGAUUGGGACGCCGAACGCAGUGUCUCGUGGAGACGAUGCUUUAAGGCCGCGAUACACAGCCGUCAAGGGAACGUGAACCAACUUUUAUUGGACUUUUUGAGAAAAGCAAUUACGCAAUCGGUUAGGGUAUAAAAUAUCUCUGCGACUGUAGUGAAGCUUUGCGCGAGCAACAGCACCCGUAAUAGAUUCGCGGAGCCUCUCGGUAGAUCUUAGUUAGACCAUUCAAUGCGCGGAUCCGCCUCGUGCUUUCCUAUGGAGUUGCCACACGUUACGGGUUUGUAAUGUGGCGUUAAUGUGCAUGGAAAGCCCGAGAAGUUGCAACUACGAACAUACGCAUUGUACUAAUUAUCAUCUCGCCAAUGCCUGCGUCUGGCCAGUUUGAGCAAUUACACCGGUGCGUUCGCUUCGCCGUCCUUGUGAUAGACUAAAGAAAGUACGAGCAAGAGGAGUAGAUGUGACCAAGCAAACAGCGUGAAGUGUGACACGCAGUUCCUUUGCAGCUCAACUCUCACAACACCCCACAACAGUGCUUCUCGUUAGUGACACUCGAAAUUUGAGCCGGAAUUUGAAUUUGUUAAUGGAUGACACUUCGUAGGAGUUCUCGCUGGGUAAGGCGGUGUGGGCAGUUUAGGUUAGAACAAUGGAAAACAAAAGAAACGAAAUUGACUGAGCUUUAACUAAAUUGUGGGGGGAAACGGCACUCGGUGUGGUUAGAGUCUAUCGUCCAUUACAGGCCAGGCAUCAGAAGGUAGCGCCACCAGUAAAUACCUUUCAUUGUAUACUUUACAUCAUGCACAGUAGCAAAACUAAUAAUACAUUAGACCUAAAGCUGUAGGUCGAGCGGACGAACGCAUCAUGAUAGAGAAUACUCACCUCUAAAGAAAACGAUUUUUAAAACAUGGAAUCCAUCUUUGCGCGACAAAGAUAUGAAGUACCGCUGAAUUGUAGCCAAUGGGAAAUAAAAUGGCGAAUGGCGAAAAUAAAAUCACAUCUUUUCUCGGUUGGCUUUGUAAUACGGUAGUAC